AUGGGUCGCCGAGCUGUUCGUCCCACACUUAUGGGUGCCGUCUGAGUAUUCUUGAGCUGACAUGCCAGGUUGUACCUCUCCCGUGUCCGGCCACAGGAAGUCCAGCGCAAGCUGCUCGAACAGCUGAUGGGAGCCGGUCAGUCCUCGUCUCUGCUCGCUAACGUGUAGCACUACUGUGAAGUGAACCUAGUACUGAUGCGACCCACCUUGACCACUGCUCCAGAGUCGAUGGGUAUCGUCACGGUGACGCCGUCGCUGUGGGAUCCCAAGGUCUGCCGCGCUUUCGUCACAGGUAUAUGCACCCACGAUCUCUUCACAAACACUGUCAGUGCACCCUUUGACUUCGUUUCAGUCUCACUCACCUGCAAGCUGACCCUGGGGAUAUGAACUUUUACUGGGCCCUUGCGCUUGCGUGCACACUCUCCCUCUCCUUGUCCCUCCUCACGCAACCUCAUGCACACGCACCUUCAACCCCGCGAAUCACGACACGGCUCAUCGUCGGCACAGAAAAUGGACCUAGGCACUUGCCCUCGCGUGCACUCACCCAAACUCAAGAACGAAUACGAUGCUCUGCGAGCCAAGGCGGAGGCGGAGGAGGAUCAGGUCAAGAUCAAGGAGUUGAACCGCCUCAGGCUCGACUUUGAGCAGCAGGUGAGCUCCAGUGUAACUACAUAGCGAGAGUGAUUGGAGCUGACUUGUAACGACUGGAACAGACCCUGGCCUUCGUGGAAGAGUGUGAUCGCCGCAUCCGAAUGGCCCAGCGUCGUUUGGAGAAGACGCCCGAAGAGAACGCCCGAUUCGUCAAUCUGGUAGGUGCAGAGCUCACUGAUAUGUGUUGGUCAACACACUCAGAGGCUAAUGGCUGCAUUCAACAGAUGCGUGAGAUCGGCGAGGUCGAGGGCGCCUACCAAGCCGCGAUGGCUGAGGUGGAGUUGCUCGGUCCGUUUUGAGCUUAAACAGUGGGGAGCUUAGGAUGGAUUGCUCAUCAAUCUCUAUCUCACUAUAUCCGACAGGAUCGGAGGGAAAGGUCGAAGAAUCGCUUGCCCAGCUCACAAAGGCCGAGGCGUUGAAGAGCGAAAAGGAGGAGAAGGAACGCGAGCUGCAGAACCUGUCCGAGACCGCCGGUGCAUCGGGUCACCAGAAGCUGCGAGUGUGCGAUAUUUGUGGUGCCUAUCUUUCGUUGCUCGACUCGGAUCGUCGUCUUGCGGAUCACUUCGGUGGAAGGGUAAACUUUCCCCCGCAUGCCUGACCGAACUUUGCUCCGGUGCGGAUCGAGCUGACGGUCCCUUGCAUUUUGGUAACGCACAGAUGCACUUGGGAUAUCACCAAUUGCGUAUCAUGAUGGACGAAUGGCGUACCCGAGGACCUCUUGCAACCGGGCCAGCACCUCCGCACAACGGUGGUGCACUGAACGGAUCUGCGCACCCCCCUCCUUCAGGGCCUCCGCCUUCGAGCGCAUCUUCCGGUCCUGCGUCGUACCGACCACCGCCUUCUGCUCCCCUCUCGCGACCACCCCCGAGUGGACCGAUGGUGCCGUCUGGCCCUCCCGCCCCCGGCUUCGUUCCCGCCGCCGGUCCUGCGAGCGCGACGUCUUCGGGCCGCGACCGCAGUGAUCGCGACCGCAGUGACCGGGACCGCGACUCUUACCGCAGUGAUCGAGAUCGCGAACGCAGUUCGAGGGACGAACGAGACAGAGAGAGGGACGGUGGCGAGCGUCGUUCGGAGCGUGAUCGUAGCGACCGAGACCGUGAUGGGCACCGCAGCUCACGAGACGAUCGGGACCGAGACCAUCGCGGUUCUCGGGAUGAGCGCGACUCACAUCGCUCUUCACGUCGGUCCGAGGAUGAUCGGGAUCGAGGCGAUCGUCGAUCGUCGAGGAGGUACGAUGAUGGUGAUGAGUCGAGACCGUCGUCGUCGAGGAGGAUGGACGAUGCCGAGGAUCGUUUGGACGGCGAUAAGAGGAGGAAGAUUGAGGCGUGA